GCCUCUCAAGCCUUAUCCUCGUCUCGCCUCGUGCUCUCCACGACACCUCCGCGCGCGCGCCAACGUACUUGGCGCGCAUGUGACCCGCGCGAACGCACGCGCCUCGUCGUCGUCGUCUCGUCCCAUGCAACCGCCCGUGACGCCGGCGAGCUCGGCCGCCGGCGCGCCCCCGCCCCCACCACCACCCACCACCACCUGUUCCACCUCCUGCCGCUUCGUCUUGCCCCCGACGAGGAGGCAUCUGCUCGCGUCGUCCGCCUCCUCCCUGCUCCUCGCCGCCGCCGCCGCCGCCGCGGCGCCCCGCGCGGCGAGCAGCGAGGACGACGACGCCGUCACCAGCUACGACCCGGUGACAGCGGCGGAGCGCGCGGCGAGCGCGUCGGUGUCGCGGCGCGUCGGGGAGGCGGUGCGGCUGCUGGACCUGGGGCGCGACCUGCAGGCGCGCGGCGAGUUCCCGGCGGCGCUGGCGUCGUUCACGGCGGUGGCGACGGAGUACGGGGACCUGUCGCUGUCGGGGUACGCCCGCGUGGGGCGGGCGCUGGUGCUGUACGAGGUGGGCGACCGCGACGACGCCAUCGCGGAGAUGGAGGACGCGUCGGUGGCGCUGCGGGGUUACCCGGAGAUCCACGCGGCGCUGGCGGCGGCGCUCUACGCCGACAAGCACGCGGCGCUGCUCGCCGAGAACCAGUUCGCCAUCGCCACGCUGCUGGACCCGCACUACACCGACCUCGCCUACGUCAGGGACACCAAGCACUGGCCCCCCAGCCUCGUCGACUCGCUCCGCCACUUCAUCACCCUCUCCUGAUCAUUGCUUGAUCAAUUGAGCUUUGAUUUGAUUAAUUAAUCAAGCUAUAGCUGUUCGUAAUCCACACCACAAUUUGAUGGACUCUUAUCGUAUGGUUUUGGGGUUCAUCUAAAUUAUGUAUCUAUACGUGAAAUUGUUCAUGUCUGAACGAUUUUUGAACAUUGGAUAGUGGGUAUGUAUAAUGGGCAGGAAAUGAAUUACUAGAGAGGAGAAUCAAAGAGUUUUGGUGUUUGGUUAUAACUUUGUGAAUGUAUAAUGGGCUCUCAUGAUCUAGCUUGAUUGCUUGAUUAAUCAAGCUAACUGUUCAUAAUCCACACCACAAUUCGAUGGACUCGUAA